GUGUAGGGGCAGAAGUAAAAGGCGGAAGUAAAAGGUGUCUACCGCGAGCUUUGGUACCGGACGCGAAUACAAAGUUGAGUUCAGGCUGGGGUUGGAGAGACGCUGUACCGUUGGUUGGAGGUGUGGUGGUAGAAAUAUCUGGUCCUUACCUUUUCUGGGGAUAUCCAAAGUCUCUCUUAACGACAAGCCUGUGGUUCUAAAAACAAACAAACAAACAAAAACAAAACAAAAUCCAUUCUCCACUUUAUGCUGCGUCAAAAAAUUAGCUGAUUUUGGUACCCCCAAUGCGAAUGAUUAACAGUUUUCUUUAAAAGCCUGUUAGAUUUCCAACUGUGGGACAGAAAGGGGGCAGAAGCCUUCCUCUUUGGACCUCACUCAUUACAAUCACGGAGAUUUUUAUGAUAUUCGCUACACUGAACAUUCUGCUUUAUUUUUAGAGGAAGACUAAAGUCAAUUUUUAAAAUUUUUUAAAUUGCAUUAUGUUGUAUAGUUUUCUUGCUGAACAAUCUGUUUUAAAAAGAAGAUUGUGUUUAAACAAGGCUUUGCACUACAGCUUGGAUUCAAGAAAAUGACCCUUUCUGAAAGAAAGUAUAGUUUAACAAGAUAAGUGAGAAUCUAAAAAGGUGUAUGUGUGUACAGGCUUGCGCCCUCGAUGGUGAAUUUGAUAUAAAAGUAACAAGUACUGCGGGGAGGGAGGGUCUAACAAGAAGGGGACAGGAAUAUGAGAAUUAUGAGGAAAAGCAAUAGGACGUUUCUAAUAUAGAAUUUAGAGUUAUAUAAAACAUAUAUGUAUUUGCAUAUGAGUGACAUGAAAGCAAAAGAGGGACUUUGAUAUAUAUAUAUUAAAAAUCCUCAUGGGGAUGUUUAUCACAAGUGACAUUAAUCAGGAGGCCUGCUUGGGGGUCUGCAUAGAUGCUCAGUUCACUUUUGUAUGUGCUGAUUCAUUUAGAAGAUGCUUAUUUGGUGAUAAGUUAUAUAAAGAGAAACAGAAUCUACUGGUGACAGGUCUAGCAGAAACCAUAAUGGAUUUUUUUAAUCCAUUUUUUAAGAGUCUUAUCAAACCUUUUUGUUUCCUUUUGGUUCAUCGGUAUAAGGAUUUCUCUUGAAUGUUCUGUGGAUGUUCAUCUGUCUACCAUGAUGCUAAGCAUCUGAAGAGAACGCACUGUAUAGGGUAGUAAUCUUUAACCCUAAAGGCUUCGUAUGUGUAUGGCUUUUAUGUAUGAGGUCACCCAUGUGUCUCUGAAAAGAAAAAGGUUGAAUUGUACAAGGACUUGAAAAGCUUUGGACUAUCCUGUGAUAAUGGCAUCAAGAAACAUCUGGCGUGUGAGAAGGAACUUCCUCUUUGAUUUAAGAGGUUGGGUGCCCCAAUAUUCAGCAGAAGUUUUCCUCAAGUCGAUUUCAUUCAGGCCUUUUAGUGUGGAAUGUAACAGUAAAGACGGGGAGAAUGGGGACCUACUCAACAACUUACUCACCAUGGGAGUUGAUGUCGACAUGGCAAGGAGACGACAGCCUGGAGUUUUUAACAGGGCUGUCACGAAUGAGCAGGAGCUGAAGAUGUUCCUUCUGUCCAAAGGAGCAAGUGACAAAGUGAUUGGUAGCAUCAUAUCAAGAUAUCCACGAGCCAUAACACGCACUCCUGAAAGUCUUUCAAAACGGUGGGAUCUGUGGAGAGAGAUUAUGGCAUCAGACCUUGAAAUUGUAAAUAUUUUGGAGCGUUCUCCUGAAUCCUUCUUUCGGUCUAAUAACAACCUAAACUUAGAGAAUAACAUAAAGUUCCUCUGCUCUGUUGGGUUGACUCAUAAGUGCCUCUGCCGACUGUUGACCAGUGCUCCCAGGACCUUCUCCAACAGUCUGAAUUUGAAUAAACAAAUGGUUGAAUUUUUGCAGGAGACCGGUAUAUCCUUAGGUCACAAUAAUCCCACAGAUUUUGUCAGGAAGAUAAUUUCUAAAAAUCCUUCCAUCUUAAUUCAGAGCACCAAACGUGUGAAAACUAACAUUGAAUUUUUACAGUCAACUUUCAACUUAGACAAAGAGGACCUGCUGCUUCUGAUAUGUGGUCCAGGAGCUAGAAUCUUAGACCUUUCCAACGACUGUACCAAAAGAAACUACACAAACAUCAAAAAGAGGCUGCUCUCUCUCGGAUGCACUGAGGAGGAGGUACAGAAGUUUGUCCUAAGCUAUCUGAAUAUGAUCUUCUUGUCAGAGAAAAAGUUCAAUGAUAAAAUAGACUGCCUCCUAGAAGAGAAAAUCAGUACUUCACAAAUACUUGAAAAUCCAAGGGUAUUAGACUCGAGCAUACAUACUUUAAAAACUCGCAUCAGAGAGUUGGCACAUGCUGGAUAUGACGUGAGCACCUCAAGCAUUGCUCUGCUGUCCUGGAGUCAGAGACGAUAUGAAGCUAAACUGAAGAGAUUAAGUGGGUAGGCCAGUGCAGGCGGAGUCACCAGGAAUCUUGCAAGUAGAGUGCUGGUUCCAGUUUGGACUUUUCAAACAGGAGAGAUUUUUUUAAAUAAUUUUUUUACUUAAAUCAUUUAAAUAAAUAUUUUAAAAUAUUUAA